GGUGCGAGAGUAUGAUCCAUGUCCAGGUUUAUAUCCACCCAAAUUCGGUAAGCUCGCCGCUCACUCAACCGACAAUAAUAAUUUCUGAAGCUUAAGAAACUAAAACGGUAGAAGAAAUUAAUUAAUGGCCGGAGGAGGAGGAGAAAACCAUAGCGCCGCCGCCAGUAUACUUCGCCGAUGGUCUCUUAGUGGAGCGACUGCUCUCGUCACCGGCGGCUCCAAAGCGAUAGGGUAUGCCAUUGUUGAAGAGUUAGCUGCACUCGGAGCAUCCGUUCAUACAUGUUCCCGAAAUGAAGAAGAACUUGAAAGCUGCUUGCAUAAGUGGAGAGGUUCAAAUUUUAAUAUCACAGGGUCAGUUUGUGAUGUCUCUUCUCAUGAACAAAGGGUGAAGUUGAUUGAGAAGGUCUCUUCAUUAUUCCAUGGGAAGCUGAAUAUACUUAUAAAUAAUGCAGGAACAUACUUAAGAAAGCAAAUAGUUGACUCCACAGCUGAGGACUACUCUUUUAUGAUGUCUACCAACUUAGAAUCAGCCUUCCAUCUCAGCCAAUUAGCCCAUCCUCUUCUCAAAGCAUCUGGAGAAGGCAGCAUUGUUUUUAUCUCAUCGAUUGCUGGACUAUUAGGCUACCCAGACAUAGCCAUCUACUCUGCAACUAAAGGAGCUUUGAAUCAACUUACAAAAAACUUUGCUAGUGAAUGGGGUAAAGAUGGCAUUCGAGCUAACUGUGUGGCUCCAGGAGUUACAAGAACCCCACUAAGCAUGCCUUAUCUUGAGGAUAAAGAAGUGGCAAGACAAAUGGCUAUUUUGCCUCUCGGGCGUAUCGGUGAGCCUGAGGAGGUGGCAUCUAUUACAGCAUUCCUUUGUCUUCCAGCUGCUUCUUACAUCACCGGCCAAAUCAUCUGUGUUGAUGGAGGGAAGACCUUAGGUGCUUGAUGGUUGUUCUUUAUUUUGUUAGAUAAAAUACAAAUAAUUUAUUGCUUGUUAAGAGAAGUAUGAUUUCUUUAGUGAAAAAUAUCAUUGAAUAAGAAGUUUCAGAAAUUUGCUCUAUGUAAUUUUGAUGUAGAGUUAGUUUUAAAAACUCUAGCAUGUGUGAUCAAGAAGGUGCAAUGUCUAAGAAUGUAUGGAAGCUCAAACAUAUUAUUGUAAUAUCCAAACUUUUUAAUAUAUUUUUACUAUUUUUAUCUUA